GGAGGUCUUUGAAUUUUUUUUUUCUUUUUGGCGGAGCGGGGCGCCCUCCGGAAGCAUUUCCAACUUUCCAGAAGUUUCUCGGGACGGGCGGGAGGGGGAGGGGAACACCAUAAAUAGGCCGGGGCGCCGAGGGGCGGGCGGAGAGCAGGCUCGACCGCGGCGCAGCGAUCGCGCUCCAGUCCGUGCGCUCCAACCCGCCAGAAUGAAAAAGGCAGGCCCUGACCUCCCUCUGGGGCAAUUUCAAGGUCCCCCGCUGUGCACACAGCCCACCUCCCAGCCAUGCGUUACAUUCAGCUCCUCUCUGCCCUCUGCCUCCUGGCUGUGGCCCUGGCGGCCGAAGUGAAGAAACCCGGGGCAGCAGCUCCCGGCUCCACAGAGAAGCUAAGCCCUAAGGCCACCACGCUGGCAGAGCGCAGUGCCAACCUGGCCUUCAGCCUGUACCAGGCCAUGGCCAAAGAUCAGGCGGUGGAGAACAUCCUGCUGUCGCCCGUGGUGGUGGCCUCGUCGCUGGGGCUUGUGUCACUGGGCGGUAAGGCAGCCACCGCGUCCCAAGCCAAGGCGGUGCUGAGUGCCGAGCAGCUGCGUGACGAAGAGGUGCACGCGGGCCUGGGUGAGCUGCUGCGCUCGCUGAGCAACAACACGGCGCGCAACGUGACCUGGAAGCUGGGCAGCCGCCUCUAUGGGCCCAGCUCGGUGAGCUUUGCCGAUGACUUCGUGCGCAGCAGCAAGCAGCACUACAACUGUGAGCACUCCAAGAUCAACUUCCGCGACAAGCGCAGCGCCCUGCAGUCCAUCAACGAGUGGGCGGCGCAGACCACCGACGGCAAACUGCCAGAGGUCACCAAGGAUGUGGAGCACACGGACGGUGCCCUGAUCGUCAACGCCAUGUUCUUCAAGCCACACUGGGACGAGAAAUUCCACCACAAGAUGGUGGACAAUCGCGGCUUCAUGGUGACACGUUCCUACACAGUGGGUGUCACGAUGAUGCACCGGACAGGCCUGUACAACUACUAUGACGACGAGAAAGAGAAGCUGCAGAUGGUGGAGAUGCCCUUGGCUCACAAGCUGUCCAGCCUCAUCAUCCUCAUGCCCCACCACGUGGAACCCCUUGAGCGCCUUGAGAAGCUGCUGACCAAAGAGCAGCUGAAGAUCUGGAUGGGGAAGAUGCAGAAGAAGGCAGUGGCCAUCUCCCUGCCCAAGGGGGUGGUGGAGGUGACCCAUGACCUGCAGAAACACCUGGCUGGGCUGGGCCUGACCGAAGCCAUCGACAAGAACAAGGCUGACUUGUCGCGCAUGUCGGGCAAGAAGGAUCUGUACCUGGCCAGCGUAUUCCACGCCACCGCCUUCGAGUGGGACACGGAUGGCAACCCUUUCGACCAGGACAUCUAUGGACGCGAGGAGCUGCGUACCCCCAAGCUGUUCUACGCUGACCACCCCUUCAUCUUUCUGGUGCGCGACACCCAGAGUGGCUCGCUGCUGUUCAUCGGGCGUCUGGUCCGGCCCAAGGGUGACAAGAUGCGAGACGAGUUGUAGGGCCCCACCUCCACCCCUAGGGUGGGUGCGGGAUGGCAGGAGGCGGCCGUGGGCUCCUGAGACACAUGGGUGCUACUGGGGGAGGGGUGGGGGAGGGAAGGUCCCAGCCUUGGGUAGGCUCUGCAGGGUGGGAAUGGGGAAAGAGACCUCUCUGCCUGGGCGUGAGUCCCCAGAAGUCACAAUGCAGAGCUGGAGGUGCCACAGCCUGUGGGGACCCGGGCCACAGCCCCCUUGCUCUGUCCCCUCAGCCCACCUCCCACUGGGCCCUUGCUGAGCCUGCCUUCAUCAGUGUUGUUCCUAUUUAUGGCCAAGUGCCUUGUCACCUGUGAGGGAGGGGACCUCGUGCCUGCGGGCAGUCCGGCUGCUGCUCCUGACACUGCCACCACCUCUGUCCCCUCCCUGGCUCUUCUCCCAGCUAAACAGUAGGUGCUGCAGCUGCUGGGGCCAGGUGCCCCCCAUCACCUCCCAUCUGAAUGGCCCCUGUGAGGAGGGGGAAGGGAUGGGGACCAAGCUCACAAGAGAACCCCCCCCCCGGGCAGACUUGGGUUUAAUUGGGCUUCAUGGGGAUGAACUUUUUGGGGUUUGUUCUUUUUCCCAUUUUUAGUCAACAUGGGGAGAGAAGGGGUACUUGAGCCUUUUCUUGCAGUCAAAAA